AUGCCAAGCGACGAUUGCGAUCUGUCGGGUAUCCACUCCAUUCUCAACGAUGUGCUGGUUCGUGACUCUCAAGCCAGGCUCAAAGCGUUGCGUGAACUAAAAAACCUUCUGGCGAGGCCCUGCAACCAGGAUGAUUUUCCAGACUCUACCCGCGUGAACCUGGCGAACUCAAUCUUGACCUUUCCAGUCACGGCAAAACUUGCCUCCCAAGUUCUCCUACAAAUCAUCAGUAAUUCGUCUCCGAUCAUCUUGAGUCAACAAUCCCAGUCCAUCGUCCAGCCAGUACUCUCAUCACUCUCCUCGGCUACCCAACAUCUACAUUCAAUACCUAGCAAAGAUCAAUUGGUCAAAAUAAUAUAUCUCAUCCGAAUCUUAACAACCAUGAUCGCUAAAGCCGGAUCUUGUGCCCUCAUCAAUUUAACUGAUCAAAUCGAUUGUAUUCAACGCUGCUAUCAACCAAUCACACCCAACCAACUCUCUCAUCCCCCAGAACGAAUCGUCUUAGGUUCACAGACUCAUCAACGAAAUCUCACUUCUCGAGCUCCUAGAAUACAUCCUCAAUCCUCAGACUCGGAGACAAAUUCAGAAGGUGAGGGGACUAGGAUCCCUAACACCGAUGUGCAGGCCGUUCAAUCUCGCCUCGACGCCUUAAAUUAUUUGCGAACAAUCGCACAAUCAGAUCCAAAAGCUUUAUAUCCGUUCUGGCCUCAGUUGCUCCCAGCUCAUGAAUACAGAACCCAACAACCUUACACCCUCCUCAAUGUAGUUGAACGUGACUGCCAGCUCAUGGUUCGCCUGAGGGCAUGUAGUGUCAUGAAAAUGAUGCUCGAUGGCGCAGGGGCUUAUAUGGCUAUUGCUGAAGAAAAUAACUUGAGGGUUUCCUACAUUUCCUUAUCCGCCAAAAUUGCGUCAAUUACCAUAGAACUUCAUCGCCGAUUGGGUUGCCUUCUGCACGCACCGGUAGUUGCGCCUGCGCUGACCAAAGAACUCUUGGAAGUCUGUGAGGCUUUGAACGUUGUUUCUGCUUACCACCGUAUAUCUACACCCAUCCUGGGUCCUUUCUUGAAGCCCAUAAUUGGUCUACUCACAUCGGGUGAUUCCGAGAUCAACAUUCAGUCAAGGAAAACAUUGACUACCAUACUUAAGCACUUAGCGUCAAUGUCCAAGUCCUCCGCGUUAGAUCACAAACUCCUCAUCGACGAGAUCACCACGAUUGGAUGUGAAUGUCUCCUUUCAGAACUGAAUAAAACCUCCGUUUUGCUAUGGGGCGAUUUGCUCAGGACUUCUUUGCAAUUUGUCAAUUGGAAUGAGAAUUUGAUUGAAAAAGUCUUGAAACUUCAUAGUCUCUUUGAGGAGAUCCCUGACGAUGAAGAAGAACUGAGAAGCAAACUUUUCCUUAUCGCGUCGCUCAUCGUAUUCUUUCCUGGAAUGAGGUUCGAUGACACCUAUAUUAAGUGGGUGAGGGCUCGCCUUGUUGAAGUCGGACUGGAUUCGCUGGAUUUUGUGGUCAAUGGUAAAAGCAAAAGAAACUUGACACAUAUUUUCAAUACCAUUGUCUGGGACCUGCAAGCCGUCUGGGAUGAUAUUCGUGCCAUACGGCUCUUGGGAAUCAUUGUCUCCAAAAGGUGUAUCAGUCAACCACUGGAGUUAGUUACAAAAGUCACCUUUUAUUUGUUGUGCUAUUUUCAAAACAUCCCGACAGAAAAUAAUCCAGACGAGAAUGAUGUUUCAACUCACACCUGGACGUUGGCCAACUGCUUGGAUACGAUCAAUGAAUAUCUUAAUGGACAAGCUUCAAAUCCACCAUUUGACCUCAGCUUUUGGAUGGGAAUCCUUCAUGUUACACGGCGUCUACUAUCCAGAGGAGGCUCUUCCAACACGCUUAAAACAAACAGUGUUAGGAUAAUUGGUGUAGCGGUUUGUCAACUGCCGAUCAAAAAACCCCUUCCUGUCGAGCUUGAAGAUGCGGUAAACAAAGCUUUAGAGAAAGCGUUUGAAUUCCUGGGUGCCACACUUCCUAAGGUUCAAUGGAACGCGGCAAGCUCUCUACGGCAAAUACUGAUUGCGCUUAGCGAUGGUCCGGUAGAGCCAGAUGGGCAGGCGUCAGAUAUAAAAAGUCGCAUAUGCGAGAGGUUGAGUGAUACUCUGGAAAGUAGCAGUUCAUUCAAAGUUCGCAUUCAAGUCUGUCUAGCAUUACAGGUUGUUCAACAUGAUUUAUCAGCUCAAAUCUUGAGGUCGAUUGCGAAAACCAAACAAAAACUAGACGAUGAAUUCGGUAAGAAACAAAUACCUAACAAGGAGGCCGACCAUGCUGAACGGCUGCAACUUGAAAUUGGCAAGUUGCUAGUUGACAUCACUUCAGAAACACCAGGGUGA